AUGGCCCACUACAAACCAUACCUACUAGAAGACCAGCCAAAAGCUCCAGUUAAACCACCUGUAAAUGUAGACCUAUUAGUAGUACAACUUGUAAUUGUGAACCUACAACCACCAGUACCAGAAGCCCCAGUAGCCCUUUCUACAAGACCUCGAAGAAAAAGAGGCCCAUCUGUAAUCAAUCAAUUAGCUCCAUAUGAAGAGACAGUAGAUAUUAGGAAUGCAAGAGCUAAUGUAAUGUUGGAACAAAUAUUACAAUAUCCAGAUCAAAGCCAAAAGCUUGCAAAAGCUCUACAAAGACUGUUGCCUCCUUUAGAGCCAUCAUCACUUUCUCUUGAGUCUAUAAAUGCUAUACAAGACCAAUGGAAUAGAAGAACUACAGCUGCUUACUGUUAUAUAAAAAUAAAGAACAAUUUAGUAAUUGCCAUACUAGAUUCUGAUCAAAUUGCUGAGAUAUCAAUGUUAUAUAAUGGUAAGUACCUAUCUGUGGAAGCUGAAGAAAAUGAGGAAAAUAGAAUAUUCAAAGAGUUUAAGUAUAAAGAUGAAAUGUUGAAUGAAGCUGAAGGAUAUUUAACUAAAGAAAUAUUGUCUAAUGAAUCUGACCUUGAAGAUGAGCCCUUAGAAGUAAGGUUGAAAAAAAGCAUAUGUAUUACUCAUCUAACCCCAGAACAAGUCUAG